AUGGCUCGUUCAUCACCAUCCUCGCCGGGGCACACUCCUUGUGGUGCACAUGAUGGCUGUUGUGGAUAUGGAACCCUAUGCAAAUGGGGAAAAAUCAAAAAACCAAAUGAUAUUCGAUUGGAUUAUUUGAAAGUGAAUUCUGAGGUUCCGAUACCGCAUUACAUGUUUUGGCCUGGAAAUAAUCCGAUUGGAUGUUCUGGAAAAAUUAUGAAUGGACGUGACAGAGUCAAUUAUGCAGUAUCGUGGGUAUUAAUUCUAGUGCCUGCUUUGGCAUUCUUUGGAUUUGUCUGUACGGACUACUUUCGAUUUAUUAGUAUAUUCGCAGGAAUACCCAUCACCCUUAUUGGACUUUUAUUGUUCUCUGUCAUUCUCUAUACUUUAAUUAUGGUUGGAUCCAUUGAUCCUGGAUAUUUACCAAAAUCUAGUGCAAUUUAUCAACAAAAAUUCAAUAGUGACAAGAAACUAUUGAAACGUUUGCAAAAGAAAAUUGGACAUGCAUCAGAGAAUGAUAAAACAGAAAAUUGUUCGCCUGUUGCAAGUCAUCCUUAUGAAAUUGAUGACAAUGAUGACACUGAUAAGGAUGUAGAUAGUGACGACGAUGAUGACAACGUGGAAAAUCAAGCUGAUCACAACGAUCCACUUGGCGGUGGAAGCAAUCAACAACUAAGAAGGAAGGAAACCCCUUCUCAUGACUUUUCAGGAAUACCGCCUUUUAAAAUCUUUCACUAUAAUGGAUGUCAGAUUAAGCUGAAAUUUUGUAAAACUUGUGGAAUUUAUCGAUUACCAAGAACAAGUCAUUGCCGUCAAUGCAACAGUUGUGUGGAACGAUUCGAUCAUCAUUGCCCAUGGACGGGAACAUGCAUUGGAAAAAGAAAUUACAAAUACUUUUAUUGGUUUUUAGUUUCUCUCACAUCAGGAAUUAUUUAUGCAGGUCUUUGUGGCUUGAUUGAAAUUAUUGUAUUUGUUUAUUUGGCAACAACAGAUAAUCCUAAUAAUCCUUCUGGUUACCACAAUGAUAGUGUACAAACAGCAAUAUUGCAUUGUUUGAUGUCAUCACCAAUAUCAUUUAUCAUCACAUUAUUUUCAGCAGUUAUGUGUCUCUCAACAGGUUCACUUGCAGUAUUUCACACUUUUCUUGUCUUUUCCAAUUUGACCACCUAUGAAAAUAUCAACAGAACCUAUUACAAAUCAGGAAAUCCUUUCAGUAAGGGACUUUUCGGAAAUAUUAAGGAAGUUCUCUUCUACAAGAUGCCUCCAAGUCAAAUUUCCUUACAAAAACACUAUUCUCGUAAUGAAAUUGAAUCUAAGCUUCACAACGAGCUCAUUGGGGAACCUUCUCGAGAAUUAAUGGAAUUGCAAACACCAGUGGCAACCGAUCUAGAAAAUAACAUGCCAAGAAACACACCCGAAGUGUCUUCUGCCACCAUCAUUACCUUUCAAGGAGAGGUCAAUGAUACCACCUCUCUCAGUGGGAAUUAUCCAUUCUAUUACUCUUCUGGUAGAAACUUGAGAGAUCAAUAA